GAUAAACGCAAACAAUGCACAACCAGAUUUUAUCCCCUCUUGUGAGAACCUAAUAGGAAUCAAUUUAAUAGAGUAACAACAAUUCACCCAAUGCAACAAGAAUAUGAAUACCAACAAUUUUUAGCGUGGAAAACCUUCCCAAAUGUGAGAAGUAAAAACCACGGGACCCUUAGGCCACUUAAACCCUCCACUAAUAUAAUCAAUGGGUUACACAAUUCUCUCUAGAUGAAACUAGAGGUUUACAUCAGCCAUAUCUCAAGACAAUUAGUCUUGGCAAAUACAAAACAACUUGCAUAAAACAAUGGAGAGAUCUCACCAAAACAGAGUCACUGUUCCCGGACACAAAUCACCACUGUUCCAAACUCCAAAUCCAAUCUCCACCGUUCAAAAUGAAGAUCAAUGAGUUAAGAACGUGCUAGCCAAAAAUCAUCUCGAUCAGACCACGGAUUAAUCUCGAUCAAGGCUGAAUAUCAGAACUGCCCGGGUGAGAAGAAAUCAGCAACAAAGACGCACUGUUCACGGACUGAAACAACAACCUUCCGAAACUCCAAAUCCGAUCUCCACCGUUCAGAUUAGAGAUCAAUGUGUUGAAAAUCUCUCCUUCAAAUUUCAGGUCGAUCGGACCACACACGAAGCGGGAUCGGCCGUUUGAUGAAAUCUGGACAGUAAAGAGAAGAAAAGAAAUUAGCGUUUUUCUUCUCUCUAACUUCAAAAAAUCAGUGGCUUUGGUCCUUUUUCUCUCCAACUUUCUCUUCUUUUUUCUUCUUACUCUCCUCCUAGGGUUGCAAAGAUGAAGAAGAAGAAGAGAAAAUGGUUUCUUCUUCCCUUUUAUACAUUAAGGCCUAAGAAGCCUUAUAUGUUUGGGCUUUGGGCUUUCCUCCACAAGAAGGAAAUAACCCAACCCAACACGAACAAGUGCCUGAUCCUGGGACUUUCACUCUAGAAUGGAAUGACACACAAUUGGUAAUGAAACGCCGAGGGGACAUCUACUGGAGCAGUGGAAUUCUGAAAGAUCGGAGUUUUGAGUUCAUUCAAACUCACCAUAACAUCUACUAUUUCAUCAGUGUUUGUAAUGACAACGAGAUCUACUUCAGCUAUUCAGUUCAAGACGGAGCUAUUUCAAAGUGGGUAUUGAACUGGAGAGGGGGAUUUUUUGACACUUACGGAACUCUAUUCGUGAAGGAAGACAUGUGUGAUCGUUAUGGCAAAUAUCCAGGGUGUGCAGUGCAAGAGCCACCCACUUGCAGGACUAGAGACUUCCAAUUCAUGAAGCAAUCGGUUCUCAAUUCAGGAUAUCCAUCAUUAAUGAACAUAGAUACGAGCUUGGGCCUUAGUGAUUGUCAGGCUAUAUGCAGGAACAAUUGUUCUUGUACUGCUUGUAAUACUGUAUUCACCAAUGGAACUGGAUGUCAGUUUUGGAGGGAUGAAUUGCCACGAGCCCAAGUGGGUGAUGCAAAUCAGGAGGAGCUCUACGUUUUGUCCUCAUCAGAAGACAUAGGGAAGCCUUGGUGGAUAUGGAUUAUCAUUCUCGUUGUAGUAGUAUUUCUGUUCAUGUUAGCUGUCUUUUGUUGUUCACAGAGAAACUCCAGAGGGAGAGUAAGGAGAGAAGUUCAGUUACAUGAAGUUGGGCCUUCUGGUACAACAGGGGAUAGAGAGGGGAAGAAAGGUCAGCCACGUGAUGUUGUGGUUCCUGGUGGUAAAACAGCGGAUAAAAAAAAGAAGAAAGUUACGUUCCUGUUGCGUACAGACGAGUGACGAGAGGCCUGAAAUCUCAGAUGUUUGCUCCAUGCUUAACAGCAAAACUGGGGACCUACCCAACCCAAAUCCACCCCCAUUUUGCACUUAAGGCGAGCCAGGGAGUUGUUCUGCUCUGCUACUUGAGAGAUGGAAGGCGGGUCAAGAUGAGAUGAGAAUUUGAUUCCCUCGUUGUAAGCUUUUCUUUAUUUACGUUUUGUUAAUUUAUAAUAAGAUGACAACUGAACUGAAGCUAGUUUUGUGAUCAUUUGGAACAUAUUUGUACCCAUGUAUUCUGGAGCUCUAUUUGCCCUUUUGCUCUCCAAAACAUCUUAUGAUAUACGUCUAUCUAUAUCCAUCUCAGCCAAAGUAGGCCAUAUAUAUGUUCUAUAA